AUGUUCUCUUUCUUCGCCCUCGUCGGUCUUUUCGUCGCUGUCUCCGCUGAUGCCUAUGGAGGAGGGGUUCCUACCCCAAUCACCACCACCUCUGAUUUCCAGCCGAGAACUUUCGUCAGACAAGGAUUUGUCCCUCAGUCAAACCCUACCCAGAUGAUCUCUUUCCAGCGUCAAGCUCAACCCGUUCAAUACCCAUUUGAGAUCUACCAACGCCCACAACCAAUCACGAAUCUCGGCUAUGGUGCCUCAUCUUACGGUCUUCCACCCCAGCCUGUCCCUACUUCUUUCGUCGUCCAGGAACAGCCAAUCACUGUCUCGGGCAAUCAAAUCAGCCAAUCGGGAUCUACUGGAUCCGCUUAUGGACCUCCACCAGCAGCUCACCGCAACUACCCCACUCCAUCUCCCCAUCUCCUUCACAUCAACGAUGUCUCGGCUCAAUCUGAGGAAAUCGAUUCGGAAACCCCGAAAGCCAUAAAUGAACACGGAUUCCGUCGUUGGCGUUUGGCGCACAGAAAAAUCCGGGCA